GUCACUUCAUUCUUUUAUUAAACUGAUUUUAAUAAUGACAGGAAACUUUGUCUUUAUGGGCUGUUUACAUUCAGCUAUUGAUUAAUGAUCGUUAUAAAACAAGCUCAAGCCUCAGUUUGGAUGUCAUUUUAAAAGCGAUGGCUUUAUUUUGAUCAUGUCAUUCAGUGCUGCAGUAUUUUAUUGGGUUUGUGUCGCUGUUUAAUGGAUUUAUUUCGCUCAUAUACACCGACCAGCAGGUGCAUUUAAGGAAAGAAGCCAUUCUGCGUGCGAUCUCUUUUUCUCUCUCUGGUCCUGGAUCAGUGAUUUCAGCGGAAUAUAUAAUAAAUAUGCAGCUUAUAACGUGCAACUUUUAUCGUAACAGUCAUACGGGUGUCACAUCGUUUUAAAAAUCACCGGACCUAUGUGGGGACAGUCUGCCCGGCGCUACAGUUCAUGAUCGGUGAAGGCAUCUGUGAUCCAUACAGCUCAAUCUUGCAUCAUGCUGGCGUGUCUGCAGCCACAGAAUCAACCGCCGCAACAUCUGACAUGUGCCACGAAGAUCCUCAACGCACCCGUCAGUCACAAGAGUGAGCCGAGCACCAUGCGAUCCCCGCGGUACCCGUCUGCGGCCGAGCUGGAUGCAUAUGCACAGAGGACAGCUGACAUCCCGCUAUUCAUCAAGAUCUUCCCAACCAACAUCAGGGUCCCUCAACACAAACAGAUCAACCGCACUGUCAACGGUCUGGACGUCAAUGGUCUGGACACCAGCGGGCAACGAUUCAGUCCCUACUCGAACACGUACUCCGGUGGGUACCAGGGCUUGUUGGCAGUUGUCAGGUCUUCCACUGCGGCCAAAAGUGUGUUGAAAAGCUCAGACGGCAAACGUACCAAGCUGUCGCCCAUACAAAUGGCAGUCGCACCUUACGCGGUACCCAUCAACCACCGGCAGCGAGCGUAUAAUGUGGGACUUUGCAAGGCUCCAGAAGCACACAAUGUACCUAGCGUUGUGAUGGCAGCAUCUGCCGUGUACGACCGCUCAAGCCACAGAAUCAUUCAGCAAACGAGUCAUCCGUCCAACGGCCAGUGUGGAGAGACUCAUUCCAACCCAUCCUUCUUGGCAGCGACUGCUGCGUCCGGCACAGACUCUGGUUUCACCGUAUCUGGGUACUCCAGAGCCGUGCUGCCCACUCAGAGCGCAGACGUGACCAAAGCCGUGGGAUACGUGGAUGGAUUGGAUUACUGGCAGCACGGAGCGCAGAAGCACUAUCAGCAGGGCCCGCUACGCGCAUACAGCGUCAACAGUGGCAGCGGUGCGGUCAUUAGCGGCUCUCCUGAAGUCUGCAUUCCUGUCGGAAGCACCCAACUCUCCUAUAGAUCCCAUACCCUCAGUACUGACCCCAGUUUAACAGGUGGCAGGCUAGACAAGGUCACUUCCUCUCCGCUGAACUGCACAGCCAUGCACGGCAAUUUCACGGUCAGACAGUUCUUCGCACCACCUUGGAACAGCAUGAUAGCAACGCCGGAUAGCGAUUACAGUUCACAAGAGGUGUGUCGGGGUCACCCUCACCUCCAUCCUAACACAGGACACCCUCAGCCGUAUACGAUGGACCGCGGGCUGAGUCUCGGCCUGUCCUGCGGGCUCCCCAGUAAGAGCGCAUACCAUGCCUCACUCCUAAGCAGCAGUCUACAAUCGCUCGAGGGCCUGAUCAGCGAAAUACAUCCCCCCUGCAUCAAAGAGCGCAUGCUGGGUCGAGGUUACGACAUGGUGGGCGUCCCACAGAUAUUCGACCAUCAGACUGCACACAUUCAACUGCCCGUGCUGAGAUAAGACACCGACUGAUUAGGUUCAUGAGCCAGUAGUAGACUGUGUGAGAUUGUAGUGAACAGGUUGGAAUAGAAGUCACUAUUAAGUGUGGGUCAGAGGUUAAAGGGUAAUGGUAAUCCUUACUGACCGUAUAGACCAUAUGUUUUUGGUUAAUCUGUUUUGACUCUGCUGGAUUUCGGUGGCAUUACUGUACUGUGCUCAUAUUAGCAUCAAGCUAGCAUCAGUGUUUUUUAUGAAUUAUGCGGUUUUUCAGAUCAGCAGAAAUGCUUUAAAGAGAUAUUCCUGUUGAAAUUGGGGAAAUAGUAGUGCUUUUCUAAAGCUGCCUUUUCACUGUCUCUGACCUUUGGAUAUGACUGUCAUAUUUCGCUCCCUGGUUGCAGUCCAGAUAAACUUUCAAUUUGCUCGCAGUGGAUUGUAUUUGUUGCGAGGGAGAAGACUCUCGCUAAUCACAAUGUCAAUCACAUAGUCCACGGAGACAAAAAGAAAAAACAAACAUUUAAAACAAUCUUUGAAGAAAGUUUGUCAGAUGCACUGAAAAGGCAUUUUUAGAGUCUUUCUUAAAGGGAUAGUUCACCCAAAAAUGAAAAUUCUCUUCAUGCCAUCCCAGAUGUGUAUGACUUUCUUUCUUCAGCAGAACACAAAUGAAGAUUUUUAGGAGAAUAUUUCAGCUCUGUAGGUCCAUACAAUGCAUGUUUUCUGGAAUGGUGACCAGAACUUUGAAGCUCCAAAAGCACAUAAAAGCAGCAUAAAAGUAAUCCAUACAACUGCAGUGUUUUAAUCCAUGUCUUCAGAAGUGAUACGAUAGGUGUGGGUGAGAAACAGAUCAAUAUUUAACUCCUUAGAUAAGAGAAUUUUUAUUAUUGAGUGAAUUAUUCCUUUAAAACCUUUUUGCUCAUAUUUUGAACUGCAGAUUCAUUGUGCAACAUGCGCAGACCCACAAUGAAUCUGCACCUGCAGAAAGUUAUGCAGAUUUACGCACUGCAGCAUCCAUCAUUCACACCCCCUUUGUUUAUUUGUUUUGUUUUGUAAUAUUUUGGCUAAUUUUAUGUAGAAGUGUAGGACUCCAAGUUCUGUUUAACGCCCAUUCUGCACAGACCCCCCCCCCCAAAAAAAUCUGCAGAUUCCAUCUGGACGUGCUCAUGAUUUAUGCACACUGAUGUCACACGUGACCUCAUUUAAGUUCUCACAUUUACUGCGACGUGAGCAGUGAUUGAGUGCUGCUGUAUUUCAUCACUGUUCACACAAACAAUCUGAAUCUGCCAAAAACACCACAGGAAGUGACAAGCGUCUGUUAAUCUGCUCAUCAGGUUAGAGGUAAUUUUAUAUAAUCCUGUUAAGUACCAAUAAAUCAUAAUAGUUGCAAAGCUGUAAAGGAAUGAAGAUUUUUUUUUUUGUUUGUUUUGUUUGUUUUUAGGAACAAUUAAAGGUGCUGUAAGCACUUUUUUUUUUUUUUGCAUGGAAAAGUAUGCCAAAAAUGUUCCUUCUCCCUGAAAGAUAUUACUGAAAUAAGUGUCAUGAGAUCUCUCACCGGUCUCUGUGACAGCUGUAGACUCUGUAAACAACAAACAAAAAUAGUGACACUUUCUGCCUGUCAAUCAUUUUGCGCAUUCCUGUAGUAUUGUAUGUGCAAUGAAUUACUGAGGCUUAAUGCCAUUUUUAUGCCAUGUUGUUCAUAACAGUUGUCAGUAGAGGGCGCUGUUUUACUGCUGUUGUUUUUAACAACUGCUUCUGCUCAACUUUGGUCUCAAUAAUGCUCAUUUUGGUAUU